AUGGCUGGGACUCCACCUUCAAAAUGUGCGAAGACGCAAGGUGGGAAACAAGAAGCUGAGGCUAAAGAUCAGGAUGUGCCGAUACCGUCUGGAAGCAGCGUGACUCAAGUUGAGACCCCAUCAAGAAAGCGUGCCUCUGCUUCACAGACACAAGUGAAGAAAUGGGCCCGUAUUAUUGGAAGCGUACAUCCCAGGUGCAAUGAAUGA